AGUUUUGAUCGAGAGGUUGUGGAGUGUGGUCGCGGAAGUACUCUCUCCGAUUGUGAGUCGCUUUAACUGAAGUAACGCAUCCACUAGCUUCAUUUUAUCCAAUCCUGAACUGCGAGGAAGAGCUUAUCAAGAUUUCGUUCAACAAAGAUAGUGUCCAAGAGGGAGCCAUCCAGCAUGCUGGUGGACCACUUGGCAAUGGAACAGACACAGCAAACUAUGUUGUCCCGACCAGGUCGCAAGAGGCGUGCACGGGUGAGCGACAUUUCCGGCGCGGUGGAGCGUACCAAAGCGCCGCGGCGUCAGCCAGUGCCGCCGGCGCAGCGUAUUACCAAGCCCGAGCCCGACGAGGACUCGGGCCUUGGUUUUGACGACCCUCACGAGGCGACGGCGCGCGCUGCGGACACGGCGCACCUGCUCCGAGCCAGCCUGGUCGGAUCGGUACGGAAGGUAACCAAGAGGGAGGAUACCGCCGCCAGAGACUCGUGCUUCGUCCGGGACGCUCGCUCAGCGUCGGCCGCUCAGCCCCCGGCAGGUUUUCUCAAGGGCGUCAACCCCGUCUCCAAGUGUGGCAAGUACCGUCUGUCGCUGGCCCGCGAGCCGGAGACGCGUCACCGGGCCCGCUACCAGACCGAGGGCAGCCGCGGAGCCGUCAAAGACUCCACCGGCAAAACUUCGCCGCAGGUCGUGUUGCACGGCUACACUCAGCCGGUGGCGCUGCAGAUGUACGUGGGCUCGGACGCCGACGGCUGCAGUCCGCACCUCUUCUACCAGUCGUGUCGGGUCACCGGUAAAACGGCCAGUCCCAGCGACGAGCUGAACCUCAGUGGCACCGUGGUGAUCCAGACCACCAUGACGCCAGACAAGGGAGGCGACAGCGUCAGCGCCCGCUGUGACUGCCUGGGUAUCCUGAAGCAGCGUAACGUCGACAUCGAGUCGCGGGUGGCGGCGGCCGGCGGCGCGGCGGCGGCGAGCGCGGUGGCCGCCGGCGGUCGGCGGCCGACGGUCAGGAAGGGAGCGCGAACCACUAGCUGCAGGCUCGUGUUCCGGGUGACGGUGCUGAAUGGACACGGACGCGUCGAGACGCUACAGAUCGCCUCCCGGUCCAUCGUCUGCACUCAGCCACAGGGUGUUCCCGAGGUCACCAAGCUCUCCAUCACCGAGGCCUCCCCGGUCGGCGGCCAGGAGCUGAUCGUGCUCGGAAAGAACUUCGUCAAGGACUCGCGCGUGGUGUUUACAGAGACGUCCGACAGCGGCGCCACUGUCUGGCACCAGACGGUCACGCCGCACAAGGACCACUUGCAGGCGGUUCAUCUGGUAUGCGAGGUGCCCGCCUACUGGGACAGCCGACCCUCUGCGCCGCGCGCCAUCUCUCUGACAGUCCGCUCCGGUGACCGCGAGUCGGACGGUGUGCCGUUCUGGUACACCGCCGCCAGCGCGGCCGGCUCCUCUGGCGUCUGCUCGGCAGCCGGCUCGGUGGCAGACAGUUCCGAGCUGACCUCCACACCUGACCGGGCCGAGACCGGCGGCAAGCAGCUGCCCAACGGCGUGUCGCAAGCUGCCAUCGCGAUAAACCGACACUUUGCGGAGACUGGCGAGAUCCUGCUGGGAGCCGGAGUUCAGCCGACAGAGCCGGCCAUCAAGACGUCGCCAUCGGCGCGCGCAGAACUCACAGACCCCGCUGCUGUCUCAGUGGCCGUGCAGCGGCCGGCGGCGCUGGAGCCGCGGACGGACAAGGUGCCGGCCAUGCAGCUGGUGCCGGUGGCCCCGGACGUCGGAUGCUCGCCGAGCAUGUUCGUCACGGUGGCCCUGACUCAGAGCGCGGCCGGCCCGGCGCCGCUGAUCCAGGAGGCGUCCCCCGCGACGGGGGCUGAUUGGACGAGCCGACAGGAGCAGAGCGUACCCGUGAGACAGGAGGUGGCUACUCCGACCGGCUGGGCCGCGCAGCAGCAGCAGCAGAAGCAACAUGCUCAACAACAACAGGCCCAACGGCAACAGGCCCAGCAGCAACAUCAACAGCUGCAACAGCGUGUUCAGCAGCAGCAACAGCAACAACUCCAACAUCAGCAGCAGCAGCAACAACAGCAUGUUCAGCAGCAGCAACAGCAACAACUCCAACAUCAGCAGCAGCAGCAACAGCAGGUUCAGCAACAGCAACAGGCGCAGCAGCAGCAGCAGCAGCACGCGGCUGACGCGGCCGAGGCAGACCAGUGGAGCCCUGCCACGCGCACUGACGUCUCCCCGCAGGCCGUCUGGCCUUCAGCGACGUCCCAGGCGGACUCGUCACAGGUCGCCGCCACCUGGUCCCCGCAGUCGCUAACGGAGACCCCCGCUGCCACCGGACAGGAGGCGUGGUCACCGACCACAGCCCCCGGCUCGGCAGAGACCACCGGCUGGCCGUCGCCGCAGCCCGAGGCGCCGGCCUCGCAGGCCGCCUGGUCCCCGCCGACCACCGAGACCGCCUGGAGCUCGCCCAAGACGGAGACGCCCGCCGCCAGCGGCUGGGCGGCCUCCGUGUCGGCGUCGACGGACGGCGCCGCCGACAGUCUGUGGAAGCGCGAGGUGGCCACCAUCGUCUCCGAGUCGGUGGUGCAGAAGUGGACGGCUGCCGAUGUGGUGGAGGCCGUGUCCCAGCACGGCUGGUCGGAAACGGUGGCUGCCCCGCCGCAGCCGGUGGCGGAGACGUGGCAGAUGGAGACCGAGACGGCUGUCACCACUGCCGCCGACACCACGCCGUCCGCCUGGCACGGCCUGGGGCAGACUGCGCCGGCAGAGGGCGGGCGCAGCUGGAGCCCCGAGUCGGAGCCGACAACGGCGCGGGUGGAGUCCGACUGGACGGCCGUGACCACCGCCGGAGAGACGGCAAGUGGCGAGCAGUCCUGGUCUGCGCUGGCCGUGGACACCAAGACCAGCUGGGCACAGAAGGAGGCCGCCCCGGCUCCGGCGCCGGUGCAGACCUGGACCGCAGCGGAGGUGGAGAAGACGUGGUCUGCCCCGCAGCAGCAGCAGACACAGCACACACAGCCCCAGCCGCCGGCCGAGCAGCCGCCCCAGUGGACGCCGGCCGCCGAGGUGCCGACCUGGUCGCAGCAGCAGCUGGCGGACGUGCUCCAGGAGACGGUGGCCGCCUCGGAGCCGGCCCCCGCGCCCGCGCAGAGCCGGCGCAGUGACCCCAUGUGGGGCGAGGUGGCGUUCCCUGCCCCCAGCGCGGCGCCGGCCGAGGACCCGCUCAGUGACCUGCCCAAGGGCAUGGGACUGAUCGACUACAUCAACGGAGACAGCGUUUAAACGUCUCCGUUCCGAUGGCAACCUACCCAGCCACCAAACCGACUGAGAAUUACAGACAUGUGACUGAGAACUGAACAGACCGGCGAAUCUGUGACUCAGAACUGAACAGACUGGCGAGUCUGUGACUGACUGAGCGGAACAGACUGGCGAGUCUGACUGAGCGAGCCAGUCCGGACUGAGACUGAACUCACUGCUAUCCCCGACUGCGGGACGUGAACUGUCCACAGCGUUGGGUGUGACCGUCUGGCCGUCCGGGAGGUUCCCGCGGCCACGACGCGAACUGAGCGUGAUGGCAGACCUGCGACCUCGGAGCAGCUCCGCUCUUGAGUUGACCCGCGGUGAUUGUGGUGUUUGUGAUUGACUAAGACGGCCCCGGGCCGCCGGACGAGCUUCGAGUGAUCGCGCUCUGACCGUGUGAGUGAAGACGAGAGCGGCGGCAGUGCGCAGGCUGCGGCGUGAACAGUGACACCGCGAUGGGAUCAGUGGACGUGGGGAGUGAAGGACUCGCGGACUUUGAACAUUGACGGAGAAGGACUAGAGGAGGCGGAGUGAGACUAAACGUUGCGUCAGCACAGCAAUGGAGGGGCUUUCAAAACAGUUUUGUUCCCUUAUUUUUGUACAUACAGUGCCAUCCUGUAUAUAUCGUCUCGCAUGCAGUUACCUAAGCCAGGUAGUUGUCUUUUUGUACUGUAUCGUUUCUGUAGAUGUCGUGUAGAAGGCCUCGGGCCGCACCUCUGUCCCUGUAUCCUCGGCCGAGCCGAGCGGCAGUCCCCGCGGCCGCCGCUGGCUCGACUGACGCGCCAACUCGCUGUGGAAGCGUCUGCUGGUCGUGUUGUUGCCGUGAAUGUUGCGGGCUCUACGGGAGCGUUUCAACUUCACGACUCUUGCCAGUGCUCGUGCUGUGUCAGGUUGUUGACGGAGCGGUCUCGAGGGGCCCUCGAGUCGCAGUCGCCCGUUUUCUCAGGCCGCUCGUUGUCAGAGUUUAGCCCGCUGUCACGGCAGUUGGUGUAGAUGUGGCGGAGCGUGCGUUUCCAGUGCUUUCGUUGUUUGGUGUUUGCUGUUGAACGCCCGAGGCCAGCGUUGUUAUGUAAACCAGACGCUGUUUAGGUGUUACAAAUCUUGGCCGACCGUUGGAUUUGAUUAUACGCUUGAGUGUACUGGUAUGUUGGAAGUAUUCCUGUUUAUUUUUGGUCGUUAUCAGGUGCCGAAAAGGGAGUGCAAUAUGUAUAAAUUGUACAAACCGGGAGACGGAGCGGGUGAGCGAGUGCUGUGCGACCUGUGGUGGUUAUAUUAGGCACCGCGCGUCUGUCCAGUGUGACCGUCGGCCUGUUUGUGGCUGUUUGUAGAGAAUUAGUGACCAUAUAUCGGGUGCCAAACGGGCCGACGGCGGCCCGCGCGGCGUCGCACUGUACAAAGGUGGUCGGACUCUGGGCCGGGGACGGCGGAGACCGCCCGCCCCGGCCGGAGCGGACGCCGGAGACUCCGGCGGCCGGCCGCCGCCCGUCUCCGGCACUAUCGAAUGUCAAUUCAGCGGCGAGUGGGUGGGCCGGGCCGGGCCGUGGCGCCGGCCGGAGACGGUCCCCGGUGACACCGACACCCGACACCGGAGGCGGACCAAUACACGGACCACUCGGA